AUGGGCCUUCGCAUCCUAGGUGUUAAAGACAAUGAGUCAGUAGAUUACCCAUUAUUUUUGCUAAGGAGCACGUUUUUUUGUAGGAAUGGUUGCAAUCCAACCUUGAAACACAUACCAGACAGCGUGGUUUUCCAAACGUUUUCAAAGUCUUCAAAUAAUAUUUUGUUAAAGGCUCUUCUACCGCUGUGCGAUGGUAGAAACAAUAUAUGCAUCUUUUGCCCUCACCAAUCAUUUGAUUUUACUCUUGAUAAACUCCCGAUGAACGAAUCCAGGCCUUAUGUUAGACCCAUCUAUGUCACAUUCAAUGGCCACGACGGGUCGUUUCAGGCUCCUUCGAAUGUUAGUUCAAACCCAGACAGUGCCUGUCGCCGAUUGGGAUUGGCUGUGCGAAUACUUCAGUCGGCAACAGCCGAAAUUAUCCUCGCCGAAACUGGUUACCGACGCUCAUUCGCCUGUGCAGGCGAUUUUCGCACACCAUCGAAAAUUCCCCCCCGUGUUUCGGCCUCACCAGUAUCGGCUGCUGUGUGGUGUAUUCAGUCUAAACUUAGCUUUGAAGAAGCCCAGCGUAUGUCAGUAAUUUCACUAUGGGAAACUCUCGCCCGAGAACUACACAACGUAUUUAGUGAAGAUAGAGGUCAGGCGAAAUGGUUAGCUGUUGUCAGCUGUACAGAAUUUAAAGCCCUUGCUACUACGGAAACCACUCCUUUAUCACACGAAGCCAUCAUUUCUAGAACCGUGGCAUACUGCGCUCUAGGCGCAGGUGGUUUGGCCCUAUUUGGGUCUGGCAACUUGUAUACAUGGCCAGAAAGUAUUGUUGAUCUUGAAAUUCAUCUUUCUGACCUGCGGAAAGUCAACCGGCGACAGUUCCUAGAUGAUAGCGCGUACCGUGGGACUUACUGGGCUAAUUACACAACCGCACUAGGAACUAUGCUACAUGAGCUAGGCCACUGUUUUGACUUAGAUCACAGCCCGGAAGGAAUCAUGAGACGUGGAGGCGAUGAUUUGAACCUGAUUAUUUCCUUCCCUCCACCUGGGGUUUCGUCAGAUUUUCGGAAAGUAAACGGAAUUAUACACGCUCCUCUCGGAAUCCAUUUGAUACAAGUGAGAAUGGCCGAAAAAACGUGUUCUCCCUUCUGUGCUGAGUUGUGGAAUUCCAAACGCCGUGCCAACACACCAGAACUACCAACGGAUAUCACAAUGAUGCGGGGUUGCAUCGUAUGGCACAGGUCUUUCAAGGAAACACCAAAGACGUUCCAUAUCGCCAAGGUUCUGCAGAGCAUCUCCUCUCAAUUACGAGGAGCCGCUUUCAAAGUUGUGGUAUUAGACCUUGGUGGAUUCACAUCCCAAAUGACCUUUUCAGAUGGAGAUCGAGGUGUACGGUCUCACCCUCCUUACCAAAACGCUAUAUGA